GUGAUUUGGCCAACAAUUACGAGGAGAUUUUGCAGAAUGCCAAUGCUAACCAAAGCAUGGAGCUCACCAAGUGCAUGUUAUACGAUCCCGGAAAAGCCGUUGCCGAUGAUGCCGCUGCUCGAUGGCGCUUGAGAACGCCAUCCACUGCGUCUCUCUAUAUAUAAGUGCACUGCCGACGAGGCAAAGGCGAUGUUUACCCGAAGUGUCGACUCAACUGUCAAAGCUUUUCACGGUCGUUGACUGAUUGUCCGCGGCACUAUGAAGGCCAAAUCCAAAGUAUCGGUCUUGACGCGGAGCGCAUCUGCCGUUGAACGUGAACCGCUGCUGGAAGCUGCUUCUGCCCAGCCCAGUGCUCUUGCGGGAGCGGUGCUAUCACCUCUCGAUACCAAGGAUUUUUCAAGAGUCGGGCCGUUGGACAUAUCGCGUUCCACUCGCUAUGGCAUCUUGGCUGGCAUAUGGGCAGGAACGUUUCUUUCGUCACUCAAUACGACGCUCGUGGCUACCCUUCUUCCCUCGAUCUCCUCUGAAUUCAACAAAUCUCAUCAAGCCCAUUGGCUUGGUACUGCCUAUCUGCUAGCCACCUCCACAUUCACUCCUUUGUAUGGGCGGUUGUGUAAUGUCAUGGGUCGGAGAGGCGCGAACCAGGUUGCAGUGUUCUUUGCAGCUCUCGGUACGGCUGCGUGCGGCUUGUCUGGGAGUAUGGAGGUGCUGAUAGCAGCGAGAUUCCUCGGGGGCCUGGGAGGUGGAGGAAUAAACACCACUGCGACGAUCAUUACGAGCGAUAUGUACAGUUUGAGGUCUAGAGGUCUUACGCAGGGCGUUUCCGCUGUCUUCAACAGUCUUGGGAUGGGACUUGGUGGCCCUCUAGGUGGCUUCAUAAGCGAUAGGUUUGGCUGGAGAUGGGCGUUUCUCAUGCAACUUCCGCUCUUCUUGAUCUCGUUCAUUUUGACAUCCGUCAACCUCAACUAUGUCACUCCAGGUAAAGGCAAGAGCACUCGCGAAGUCCUAAAACGCAUUGAUUAUGGUGGAAGCUUCACCCUGAUGGGCGCGGUCCUAUCUGUGCUCGUGUUUUUAAGCACUCGCUUCAGCGAAGAACACCCGUGGUCUUUUCCUUCCGUCUACGUCCCAGUAAUCUCUGCUGUCGUUUUCUCGAUAGCCUUUGUGGUCUUUGAGAUAUGCAUCGCGCCCGAGCCUGUCCUCGCGCCAUACCUGCUGAGGCAGAAGAUACCGGUGCUCGUCGGGACGAGCAACUUCCUCGUGGCAACAUGCAACUUCACUGUCAUGUACAAUUUUCCCACAUGGUUUCAGACGGUGUUGCUUACGAGCGCGAGCGAGGCGGGUGCACACUUGAUACCGAAUGGCGUAUCGAUCUCGAUGGGCUCGCUGUUUGCGGGAUGGGUGAUGCAUCGCACGGGCAAGUACAAGCUACUAAACUUGAUCUUCGGCCUGUUUCCUUUCACUGCAGCGAUCCUCCUGAGUCUCAUGCGCGAGGAUUCGCCGCCGGCGCAGCUCUGGCUCAGCAUCAUCCCUCUGGGUUUUGGCAAUGCUGUCGUGCUGCAGACCAUGCUCAUCGCCCUCCUCGCGCACUUGCCCGAGUCGUCGAUGGCUGUAGGCACCGGAUUCGGGCAGCUAUUCCGUGGCAUCGGCCAGGUCUCUGGCGUAGCCGUCUCUGCCGCGCUCUUCCAUUCCGUCCUGAACGCCGAACUGCACAAACGCAUCCAAGGUCCCGACGCUGAAGAGAUGAUCAACAAGAUCCGACACUCUACGACACUGGUGGCGAGGCUUCCUCCUGACCUCCAACGCAUCGCGAGAGAUUCGUACGCCAUGGGCUUGCGCGCCGUGUUCCUCAUGGCGGCGUGCUCGACGUUCCUGGCAUACAUCGCCCGUCUGCCGAUACCCGACAAAGCGCUGGAGCGCUCUACCCGGCGGCCCCAGGACGAUAUAGAUGCGAACGGCUCUUCGACUGAAGAAGGUGCCGAGGAUAUCGAAGAAAUAGUAGACGCAUACAAAGACGAUGACGAGAACGACGACGACGAUACUUAUCCGCCGGUGAGCACACAGGGACCGGUAUCCAGGCGCCUGUCGAUGUACGAGUCUUUCGACGGCGGGAUGGACCUGGAGAGCGAUGUGAUCAGUGGCUCCGCACGGCGCCGGUAG